AUGAAUGAUGUUACCACGAUUGACAGAUUGGGCAACAUGGAAAACUACGAUGAAGCCUACGAUACAUUUCUCAACAGGAUACGAAACCACCUACUUGAUGCAAGUCCCGAAAUAAUAAACUCGGCCGUGGAAAUUUUGCUUGAUUUAUUGGGCUCAGACGUAAGCGUGACAAUCAAAAGAAAAGAAACGAACGAGCUUUUAAGUAGCACCAUUGAGGAUGAAGAGUUGGGGGAGUUGAUAAACUUGGCAAAGAGUUACCAAGUCGCGCUACUGAAGCAUCGUGGGUCGGAAAAAGAUGACGCACAGGCAAUUGCAAUCGAAGUCGAAGAGUCCGAUGGAGAUGAGCCCGAUGAGGUGUCAGAAGAGGAGGAAGAAGAGGAGGAGGAGGAAGAGGAACCCAGCAUUGUCGAUAGUGUAUACGAUUGGGAUGCCUUCAAAGAUACUCCCAAUGCCGAAGCCGUAUACGAAGCGUUGCGUGAUAGGAAUAUGACAAAUAAAGAUAUUGCAAAGCGCUUUCCUAAACCGGAAAUGCAAAAGAUAUUACAGAACCGAUGGCGAAUCGUGUACUCGAGCAGGCUCCAAACUGACGACAAGGCUCGAAUAAUUGAAGAAAUGCAAAAGUACAACCUAGAUAGACUCAUUUUGGAGCUAUUGGGAAAGACUGAUACCGAACAUACAAUUAAGCAGCUACGAAAACGAGUACUUUACGAAGAGAAAAGCGAUGACGGGCUAAAAGUGACUCUCCCAAAGGGAACUUACCAGGAGAAAAUGGCACAAUAUGAUGUCAUUACUGUCCCUCCUAGUGCUGCACCGUUGGACGAGGCUGAACUACUACCAGUGAAAACAUUGCCAUCGUGGGCACAGGAAGCAUUCCCUAGCAACGAAACGUCAACAUUUAAUCGAAUACAAUCUAAAAUAUACCCAAUGGCAUUUGAAUCUGACGAAAACUUAUUGAUUUGUGCCCCAACUGGUGCUGGUAAAACCAACGUGGCAAUGUUGACCAUGUUACGCACCAUAGAGAAUUACCGGUCUAAUAACCGCAUACAAGGAAACGAAUUCAAGAUUGUAUACAUUGCCCCACUAAAAGCAUUGGUGCAAGAGCAAAUGAGGGAGUUUCAAAGAAGGCUAACUUCCGCAUACGGGCUAGUGGUUAAUGAAUUAACCGGAGAUUCUUCAUUAUCGCAGCAGCAAAUUUUAGAAACCAACGUCAUCGUUACCACACCUGAAAAAUGGGACAUAAUAACAAGAAAGGAUCACGAAUAUCUUCAGUUUGUCAAAUUGUUGAUCAUUGAUGAAAUACAUUUGUUGCACGAUUUGAGAGGACCAGUAUUAGAAGGAAUAGUUUCAAGAGUCGUACGCACAGGUGACGAUGUUAGAAUUGUCGGAUUGUCAGCAACAUUGCCCAAUUAUCUUGACGUUGCAAAAUUCAUACGUGCUAGUGAAAAGGGUGUAUUUUACUUUGAUUCAAGCUAUAGGCCGUGCCCUUUGGAGCAGAAAUUUGUCGGAAUCAAGGAGCAAAAGGCAUUAAAGAAAAAGCUUGCAAUGAAUGAAGCAUGCUUUGACCAGACGUGUAACGUGCUAAAGCGCAAUCAACAGUUGAUCAUAUUUGUUCACCUGAGGAAUGAAACGGCGUCUACUGCAGAGUAUUUGGUGGAAUCUUUGUCCAACCUGGAUGUUGAAAUUGCUACUGAAGUUAGCACUCGAGAAAUCUUGCAGCAGGAGAGUGAAAGGGUGACCAAUACAAAGUUACAAAGGCUUUUGGUAUCAGGAAUUGGUGUACACCAUGCGGGCUUGAGUAGGGACGACAGAACGUUAGUGGAAGACCUUUUUGCCCAGGGCCAUUUAAAGACGCUAGUUUCCACUGCUACCUUGGCCUGGGGUGUGAAUUUGCCAGCACAUACGGUUAUCAUCAAAGGAACUGAAGUUUACUCCCCAGAAGCCGGAAAUUGGACCCAAUUAUCGCCCCAAGAUGUUUUCCAGAUGUUGGGAAGAGCAGGUCGUCCGAGGUAUGACAAAAAUGGUGAAGGUAUAAUUAUCACGUCUCAAGACAGAAUACAGUAUUACCUCGCCAUUUUGAACCAACAAUAUCCCAUCGAGUCGCAAUUAAUGACCAAGCUAAUUGAUAAUAUAAAUGCAGAAGUUGUUGCAGGUACCAUCUCAUCAUUGAGUGAUGGUAUUGACUGGCUCGGUUAUACCUACUUGUACGUGCGAAUGUUGCAGUCGCCCAAGUUGUAUGGAGCCGAUGCACUAAUAACGGACGAGGAUCCUACGCUUUAUGUAAGGAGGCUCGAAUUGAUGAAUGCAGCCUUUUCAGUCCUUAAUGAAAACAAACUAUUGGUCUACGAUGGCGAAAAAGUUGUAUCCACAGAGCUUGGAAAGGUUGCCUCUUACCAUUACAUCAGUUAUGAGACUGUCGCCCGGUACAACCAGUUGUUGAAGCCAUGGCACACUGAAAGCGAUAUAAUUAGAGUAUUUGCCCAUUCAGAUGAAUUUCAAUUUGUACCAGUUAGAAGAGAGGAGAGGUUGGAAAUCAAUAAGCUCAUGGAAAAGUGUCCUAUUCCUAUUAAGGAACUUCCUACCGAGGCGCUAGCCAAGAUUAAUAUUUUGUUGCAAACGUAUAUAUCACGGCUUAGUCUUGAAGGGUACGCCCUCAUUUCCGACAUGAUCUACAUUAAGCAAUCUGCAUCUAGAUUGUUGCAUGCCUUGUACGAAAUAGCAUUGCUUAAGAAAUGGUCAUCACUUGCCAAGGCAAUACUUGAUUUGUCAAAAAUGGUGGUCAACCGCCUUUGGGCAAGUGACUCUCCGUUGAGACAGUUUGGAACACUUGUUCCCAAAUCCAUUAUUAAAGCAUCAGAAUCGUCGCAUUUACCAUGGCUUCAAUAUUUCCACUUGACAACCGAGGAGUUGGCCGAGGUGUUGAAUUUGCGAGGAAACGCCCAACUAGCUUGGAAUUAUGUUCACUCGUUCCCUCGUAUUGAACUCAACUAUACAGUCCAAACUGUUACCGAUGAAUAUGUGAGAUUGAAGGUAGAAGCAAUACCAAAAUGGAACUGGCUCACUAUUCACGGCAGACAGGAGUCGUUUGAUUUGUUUUUGGAAGACUGUGAUGGUAAUGUGCUUAUUAAAUAUCAACAUUUUCAUGUUCGCAAGGAGGAUAUCGACCAGCCGCAUAUUCUUGAGUUUCAGUUUAAAAUGAAACUGCCGCAACCACCCAACUUGUUGCUUUCAUUUAUGAGUACCAAAUGGGUAAACUGCACGUCGAAAAUACCGAUAAUUACAGACUUAAUUACACCAAAGGAUAGGUCUCAUUUUGUCGAGCGUGGAGAACAAACUGUUUCCUUGGGCGAGUUUAAAGAGUUCAACUUGAAAGAAGAAAGCAUUACAAGUGAAUUAUAUGACGCAAUAUGCGAUUAUGAUGAAAAUAUCUUGAUCGGAAUCAGUGCAGGUCAGCAAAAGACUAUAUGCCCAGAAUUAGUAGUAGCUCAACACUUGCAAAAAUCAAAUAAGAGGAUUGUCUACAUCAAUCCAAAUGAGGAUAUAGUUGAUGCAAAGUUUAAAAAUUGGUCAAAAGUAGAGGACCUACGCGUGUGCAAAUUGUCGGGUGAAUUAAAAAGGGAUGUCAAAGCUUUCAAUGGUCAUGAGAUAAUUCUAUCUACCCCUGGCCUGUUUUACCCCCUUUGUAAGCGUUGGAAAAGUCUGAAGGCAAUCAAGACUGUUCAGUUGAUUGUGCUUGAUGAUUUACACGAAAUUGAGGCCAAUACUGUUUACGAAUUUUUGAUUACAAAGAUACGCAUUUUGCAAUCCCACGGAGACGACAUUGAUAUUCGACUUGUUGGUAUCUCGUAUCCACUAUUAGAUUCCCGUGAUGUGGCGCUGUGGUUGAAUGUUUCAAAAGGUAAUAUAAUUAAUUAUCCUGCGUCAAUUCGUGAUAACAACAUCGAGGAAAUACAUUUCAGCGAGACACAUGAAUGGAGCAUUGAUGCUGGCCGGACUAUUUUAUUUACCGGCUCACGUAAUGAGGCAGUAAAGAUUGCACAAAACCAUCCCAAUAGAACCAAAUUGGAGGAUUUAGACAAGUACGUCGAUAAAAUCGACAACAAGCUAUUAAAGCAAGCCCUUGAAAACGGUGUUGCCCUUUUUCUAAAUGAAUUUUCUAACAUGGACAAGGCGAUUGUAUCGAACUUGUUCAAGGUUGGGAGUGUGUCAUUGAUUGUUACUACCAGGGAGGCAGUUCACCUUGCACCAUGUGCCGACGUUGUUUUCAUCAAAGGAACUCAGUUUUACGAUGGCUAUGAACAUCGUGAUAUUGAUUACAGUGUAGUUGACUUGUACAAUAUGGUUGGUCAUUGCCAGAGCCCAUCAGGAUAUGUGUAUGUCCAGACCAGUGAUGAGGCAUCUGAGUUUUACUCAACUUUCAUCAAUUCUGGUAUUCCUUUGGAGAGUCUGUUAGAUUCGACAAUCUAUGAAUUUUUUAUCGAUGGUAUUGCCCACGGGUUAUUGAGACUGAGGCAGGACUGUAUUGAUAUUCUAACGCACACGUUCUUUUACAAAAGGUUGUUGAGUAAUCCCAGCUAUUAUGGGUUGAAGAAUCUUUCCUCGAUUGCUGUUUCCGAAUACUUGUCAAACUUGAUCGAAGAUAUCAUGGACGAAUUGAUCAAGGCCGAGUUUGCUGAGGAAGACGAGGGGGAGGAGCAGCAGGAGGAGGAGGAGUCAAUAACUCCAUCAAAUAAAGCAUUGAUUACGUCGCACUAUGAUUUGUCUUUUGAGACAGUAAAUACAUUGAGCACAUUGAAUGGCAAAAGUAAGCUCAAGGAUAUUCUACUUGCUGUUACCAAUGCUGCUGAAUUUGAAACAGUGCCUGUACGAAAAGGCGACGAGUUGUUAUCUUCCAUUGCAAGAAAAAUGCCUUUGAAAGAAAAUUCCAGGAUGACGCCAUUUUACAAAUCUUUUCUUCUAGUUCAAGCGUUUAUAUCAAGGGCAAAUUUGCCUUCUGAGCUAAGGUAUGAUCAAGAGAAGGUGUUGAAAAUCUUCCUGCGCGUGUUGAAUGCAAGCAUUGAUGUCUUGUCAGGAGAGGGUCAUUUAACUGCAAUGUUGGCAAUGGAUUUGUGGCAGAUGGUGACACAACAAGUCUGGUCUUUUGAGAACCACUUGAAACAGAUUCCUAACUUUAGCGAUUCAAUUCUCAGACGUUGCAAAGCGCAUAACGUGGAGACAGUCUAUGAUAUUAUGAGCUUAGAGGACGAGGAGAGAGACGAGGUUCUUCAAUUGGAAGAUGAUGAUUUAAAUGAAGUGGCCGCAUUUGUCAAUCUGUACCCCAAUGUGAAGCUAUCGUUUGAGGUUUUGAGUGAAGGGUCAAUAAAUGUUUUGCUUGAACGAGACGAAGAAAUGGAGUCUUUGGAUGUUAUGUGUAAAUUGCCGUUUACAAAAGAGGAAAAUUGGUGGGUGAUUGUUGGACUGUUGCUGUUGAAUCGAUUGUACGCUAUUAAGAAAACGCAGAUUAAAAGCCUUGAGCAAAGUUUACAAAUUGAAUUUGAAAGUCCCGAUUCAAUGGAUGAUCUCACCUGCUGGGCUAUUUGUGACUCGUACUUGGACGCAGAUAAGGAGGUGCAAAUCUCGUAA